CUUAACUUACACCUACUCACCGUAUUUCCCUCGGCGUAUUAACUUUCCCUUCAUCAUUAUGCACUAUUUCUCGCAGCUAUUUCAUUACGAUCAUCCAUGGUCGCAUGUCGUGAUUGGGAUGUGGCAUAAGUACCCCAAUCCACACUGCUCCCAUGUUGUUACUAUCGACGUUGUGGAUCGCUCGGUCGACCCACAAACCGGCGUUAUUCGCACGGAGCGUAUAUUGGGGUGUAAGCAGAAAGCGCCAAUAUGGAUUGUGAAGCUUUUUGGUGGCUCAGAAGAUGCUUUCGUGCGCGAGAUCUCGUUCGUGGACCCACGAACACAAAAUGCAACAAUAUCAUCUGUCAACCUGUCUCUGUCCCAGUUCGCCACAUGUUACGAAACCAUCCGCUAUUCACCAACGAAUGAUGGCCGCACAGCGUUCACACAGACGGCAGAAAUCCAGUCUCGAAUGGCACUCUGGCGGGGUGCGGCGGAUCGGUUGGAGGGUUGGCUGGUGCAGCGUUUCGAACAGAACGCACAACUUGGCAAGGUCGGCUUCACAGACGUACUGCGAAGUAUGUGGGAGUCGAAGGAGGGGCAUAUGCAUGCGUGUUGAUAUCGGAUUUCAUUCUUUCGGGUGGUCAGAGGGCUACCUUCUGUCUCAACGACGGAAGGGUAGUGAUAGACAAAAUCGACUGUAUAGAGUGGUGCCCUCUGAAGUCCCAUACCAUACGACAUUGUAUUAUCUCCUGCAUUUUACUCACAUUGCUUUGCAUGAACUA